UUAUCUGACAUUCCUGAUUACUCCCUCCUAAGCCCUAAACUGAACCCUCGAUCAGCAACGAAGAACUCAUCAAAGUUUCAAUUUUCCCAAAUCAAUUAAAUUUGUCAGUUCUUAUGCAAUCAUCCACAACAAUUCCUUUAAACUUUCAAUCCAUUCAAUUCUCAUGGAAAUCAUCUUUCCCCCCAAUUUUAUCACUCCAAAUCAUCCCCAAUUCCAAUUCCAAUUCCAAUUCCAAAACCCUAUUUUCAAACACCACAUUUAAUACUUUUUCUCUCUUCACCUCCAUUAAAACCUCCCAAAACUCAAAUUUUCGACAACCGUUUAUAGAAAAGGACCAGUAUUUGCUAAAAACAGAACUUCCUGUUGUAGUUAAGAAAAGUGGUAAAGAUUUUAAGUACUUCUGGAAUGGGAAUUCCCUUGAAUUAAUUUGUGUUGAUAGUGAAGAUACUCUAUCAAUUGUUCAAGGUAUUGAAGUGGGCAUAAGAAAGUUUCUUAGAAUAGUGAGAGAUUUUUUCAUUCCAAAGCAAGUUACUGAGAAUUACAUUGAAUAUGUCAAGUGGAAGUUUUUGCAUAGAGUUUUCAGUUCUUCCCUUCAAGUUCUUGCAACUCAGGCCAUGUUUCGAGCUAUAGGAGUUGGGCAUGCUCAAUCACUGUCAUCAGCUGCAGCUAUGAACUGGGUUUUGAAGGAUGGACUUGGUCGAUUGAGUCGGUGCAUUUAUACAGCUUGUGUUGGUUCAGCUUUCGACACGAAUUUGAAGAGAGUUAGGUUUGCGACUUCAGUUAUGUUCAGCUUAAGCAUUGGAAUCGAGUUGAUGACCCCUGCUUUUCCACAUUGCUUCCUAAUUCUUGCUUCUGUGGCCAACAUUGCUAAACAAAUAAGCUUGGCGUGCUACCUGGCAACUGGUACUGCUGUUCAUCGAAGCUUUGCAUUAGCUGACAACAUGGGUGAGGUUUCUGCAAAAGCGCAGAUCCAAACUGUGUGCUUUGAUAAUUUGGGUCUUCUGUUGGCUGCAUCAUUAAAUGUUAUGUUCAAGAAUAAUGAAAGAUUGCAAGCAGGUUUACCAUUUGUGGUAUACCCUAUAUUCUCAGCAAUUGACCUAUGUGGAAUUUACCAAUCGCUCAAGCAUGUUCAUCUGCAGAGUUUAACCAAGGAUAGGCUUGAGCUCAUUCUCAACAAAUGGAUUGAGUAUGGAUAUGUACCGUCACCGGCUGAAGUGAGCAAGCUGGAAGGAGUUAAUCUUUGGGAAAAUAUCGGCAGUAAGAAAGGAAAAUGGCCGAUCCGAAUCGGUUGCUUGGACCCCAAAAGACAGAUACCGCUCUUGACAGUUUUGACAAUGAAUUCUCUGAGUAGAGAGGAUUUUUAUUUUAUUUGCUUAGAAACCCGUCAUGGAACGAGAUUGCAAAACCAAGGAAUUCUCAUUUCUCUUCGAGAAGGUGCAAGUACCGAGGAUAUGAUUUUGGGUUUGCUGCAGGCUUGCUACAUCCGCGAAACUCUUAAUUCAAAUAGCAGUAUGUGGGAAGACAUCUUAGAGGGCUGUCGUAUCUCACAUUCUCAUGCCAUGAGAUGGUUUAAUUUGAUUCAAGACUGCAAGAGGCGUGCACAGGUAGACCUGACCGCAUUGCAAGAACAGAUGUUGAACUCAAGUUGGGUUACGAAGAACAUUUUGUUAGGCACACAAGAACAAGUUCGAUACAGUUUAGAAGGCGAAACCAACUCAUAGUGAUUACUGCAUGACCCAGCUGAAUUACAAUGUUGUUGGAGGACCAACACAAAAAGCAAGUUUUCGUUAUCAUCAUUAUACCCAAUAUGUCGCUCUCGAGCGGGUCUGGGUGAGGGAAGGUGACGGAUAAUCCAUACUCGUACUCUCUUCACAUGGAGGAGUAGAGAAAUGCAGUCAAUUUUGCCUUCAAACAAGCAGUAAUUAUGACUAUGUAAAAGCAUGCGCAUGUUCAAUAAUCUUCAUGUAAUUGUGACUAGGAAUGGGCAUGGUUUUCAUACUCUACCUAGACCAUGUUGGACCCGACCCUAUUUCAAAGGUUCAGGUCUAAUAAUUCGGAACUCUAUGUGUUCGAGUCUAGAGUUGAAAAAUAGAGCUUGUAAUUGGUAUAAAUUUUCAGAGGCAAAUUCGACUUUAGUCUUGAAUUAUAUAUAUUAAAUUUUAUUUAUUUUUUUAGUUAGUAUCUAGCAAAAAUCUUGUGAAAAUUUACCUUGAAGCAUUUGAUUCAUAACCAUUGUUACAUUAUUAGUAGGUUGUUAAUAAUGUUAUGUACUUGUUGAAACGUUUGUAUGC